CGUCACGGCGGCUGGUUCUAAGCGCAGCUGCCUACUGUAGAGUCGGUGUGUGUACCUUCCGGCACCUGCGGGCUGGAGGGAACGGUUCUCACAGCCGUGUCCGAACGUUCUUCGUCUGUCCUUACCCGCUUUAUCCUGCCCCAGGUCGCGGAGAACAGCCUCCCGCCGCGACCCGCCUUUGAGGCCCGGGCCUUCUGGGCUAGAGGAGGUCCGGUCGGUUCCCGCUGGUCCUCGCCCCCCGCGCCCGUGGAGCCAGCCAGCCGCCCGCGGCCUCGGCGGGACGAUGCUGGAGUCCAUUCGCGUGACGGAAAAGCUUCACUGGCCUGAGCAAGAACUUGCGAAGAAGUCUGUUCUAAAUGCAGAAGAGUCAUUGAUCAUUGACAGCAAAAGAAGCAUUUCACAUUUAUCUUCUGGGAUACUAAAGGACAUUUUCACAACUGGAACCAGUAGUUACAAUGUCCUACUACAGAGCAAAGAGGAGAAAAAGCAUUAUUCACAAAAACAGUCUUCUUCCACCUACUCCAAAAGAUGUAGAAAACCCAGCAAAUCUCCUAGCUCUUCUCGUAGUAAAGAUCUUCGCAAGAUGAAAGUCCCAGUGCCUGUGAUGAGCAGUGGUACUUGGUACUGCCUAAAAAGGCAGCCUGGUGUUUUUGUCACUAGUUCAGUGUCGAGUCCCAUAAAGUUUACACAUGAUAUCUCUGUUACAGGGAACAGCAUAGUACUGCCACCUAAACCCAAAAACAAGGUAAAGCGACGCCAUUUCUCUGCUCUGCCAAAGCCAAAGCUGCAGCCUCAGUUGUCUAGAAGUUUUGAAAAAGGAGAUGACUUUUCUGGGAAGAAAUUUUGUAUACUGACUGCUAUAAAGCCCACCAACCUGGAGAAAGAGAAACUGAGAUUCUUCAAAUCUGACUAUACCUACAAUCCUCAGUUUGAAUAUGCAAACCCAUCUCUGCCAAGUGUGUUAGCCAAACACAGCAAUGCAUCUGACCGAUUUCUUAAACAGAUGUUCUACUCAGUGGCUUUAUACAGUGGUUACUGCUUGCAGCUGAAGGUAUCUAAGUGCACACAUUAUUUUCGAGGUAUUAACAACCUUCAGCAGCCAUGGAACAGUUGGACUGGCCGCAAAAAACAUGAGCUAAAGCCAAACAAUCCCACAGAGGAAGGACUGGCAAGUAUUCACAGUGUUCUUUUUAGAAAAGACCCCUUUUUAUGGAGGGCUGCUCUCCUCUACUACACUGUUUAUCGAGCCAGCCAAAUGUCUUUUUGCGAACUCUUCAAAGAUAUUGGAAGGUUUGUCAAGGACCCCAAUACAAGAUGGGAUUAUUGUGUACGAGCCAAGAGGGGAUGGACUGAUACUUCCCAACCAGGGUGCUUCAGUAAAGACCAGGUAUACUUGGAUGGUAUUCUACAAAUCCUCCGAUACAGAGAGACCAUUGACUUUCAUCUUCUGACCGCCCUGGGGAAGGUCUCUUACGAAGAUGUGGAUCGCUUGAAAGGAUUGGCAGUUAUUGAAAACAUGAGGGUCCCUCAUUUCCUGCAGGACCAUGGCCGAUACAUGGAACAUUUAGAGAAGAUUAUGGAAGUGAAUGAACUGACCGACAGGGAACUGAAAGAUCUUAUAUAUUAGUCCGCAUUCUGGCAGAUGUAGCUAAGCUAUACCUCUGUGUAUGUUAGCACCGGCAUACUGAGAAAAGAAAAAUGACUGUUUACAUGACUUUUCUGAAGAACGAUCUGCAGUAUUCAACUGAAUUUUUUAAAAAGGUUAAGUACAAACCUUAAACGUUUCUAUAGGCUGCAGGGGGACGUUCCUCCUAUUUUUAUCUGAAUCUCAACAGCGUCCACUGAAAAUACUACUGGUGAGUGUUUUUGAAGAAUCUUGGCCAAAUCGAGUGAUAGGCUGUGUGGGCAGUAAGCACUGCUCCUUAGUGCUUCUGCCUGAGCACCAAGACUAGCCCCAACUAUAGAGAUAGGACAACACUGGAAUUCAGACUCCCAAGAUUAUAUUUUAUUUGAUAAGUGAUUAUAGUUCUCCUUUGAAAAAUUAGUUUUGUUUUGCUCCCCAAAGCUAGCUGUAUCUAAGGUUUCUUAUUUCUCUUAUAUGUUAAGUAAUAUUAAAAAGGGGAAAGGUAGUUUGAAAAGUUUUCAUUAGUUCUUUAUCUUCCACAUUGUUUCACCUUAUCAGUUUAUAGGAACUAGAGAAUUACCUCAUUUUGUCCAGUUACUUCUCAACUAAACUUUAUUUGCUGAAACAUAUACCUUCAAGAUUUUAAGUUUUAGGGUCUUUCCCUCCCCAUUCCUUUAUAUAAAUGAUAAGUAAAAGUUCCAGAAAGGUUUGUCUACAUAGAUUAAAACAGUUGGGGAAGAGAGAAGCUACUCGCCUUUUUAUUAAAUGGAGCGACUAGCAAGAUACAAAUAGAUUAAUGUAGUUCUUGGAGGCACCGGAUAUUGACUAGGUAGUGUUUACCAUAAACUUGACCAUGCUCUGAAAAAUGGAAUUCCUAGACAUUGCUGUUUGAUAAACUGGCCUUGUCAUGUUGGCUCAGUAUAUUUUAUCGAAAUCUUUGACUUCAUCAACCCAAUAAUGACAUAGUUUGAAUUUCAAAAAUGAGAAUUCUGUUUUGCUGUAUUUUCUCUGUUAAAAGCUUAUACACCUAGCUUUGUAUUACCAAUUUCGAUAUAUAUUGGAUAUAUAUACUUGGGAUCAAAUAGUUCUUCAAACAACUUAUUUGAAUGAUCAGAAGAACACUGCUGUAAGCACCCCAUUCAAAAUUGCUACUGUAAUUUUUACCCAAAGCUAUCUUGUUUAUCUUUACCUCAGUUCAGGCUUAAAUAUGGUGCUAACACUGGUAGAUGCAUACAGCAAAGUCUGGUUCACAUUCAUGCUAGGAAAUGAUUUUAGGAAAUCUUACGCAGGCUAGGUUAUGUGAUUUUUCUCAUUCACAUAUCUAGAAGGGCUUGCCUCAAAGAAGAAUGUUGUAGCAAAUAGGAUAUAUUCUAACUGGCACCUGGUGGUUCUUGCAAAGCCACACAUCUCACCUUUGGUAAGUAGCAGGCCAGGCCCUUCGGAGCAUUAAAGGCACGCACACAUGUGUCAUGAUGGCCGGGGUGUGGCCUGUAGAUUCUGUGCAGGGUUGGGGCACAUUGUGCCAACACUAACCAGAUACUGGAAAACCACUCUUGACCCCUCCAGCAUAUUUCCUUGUAGCAGAGUCAUCCAGUUUCAGCUUUGGUGUAGCAUUUUCUAACUUCAACUUCAAACUUAUCCAAGAUGAUUGUGAAAAACAGUGUUUUGUUAACUGGAAUUGAAGUAUAGACAGAAAUGACCAUAUUUAUGUCCUGUGAUUUAAGCCCAAAUGCUUAUAAAUUCAACAUUUGUAGGCAAUAACACUGUUAAUCUUAUGUUAUGGUUUAAAUGUAAAGGAAAAUCACAGCAGCCUUAAUAUCCUGUUGGUAGGAUUAUUUACAAUGAUUCUAGUCCCUGAAUUUUAAAAUGAUAUUCCCUAUCUGAUUUGGAAAAGGAAACACUUUCUUGCCUUACUGCUUUGGUAUAAAGACAAAAAACAGUGUUAUCCAGACCAAAAAAAAAAAAAAAUGACCUUAAAUCACAUUGAUUGUCUUAAGAUAUUUUAAAAGUUAGCAGUGAACCAAAAAUAGUUUCAGAUUAGCAGAAUACUUAAAGAGCUCUAAGCUUUAAAAGUUGGGAUUGAAGAUUUAAUUGUUUAUUCUCUUUCCUGAAAGAGCAUUAAGUUCAGUUCUGUUCCCUUAAAACUGAAGUUUUAAUAAACAGAAAAUUAUAGGAACAGUACUUAGAAUAGUUGAAGGUUGCAUUAAUUUUAAUAGUUACUUGGUAUAGGCUGUUGAGGAUUAGGAUUUCAUCAAUUUUGUCCACUGUAAUUCUAACAUAUAGUUGUAUCAAAUACAAAGUCUGAUAAACUGUUAGGUUUUCACAUCAGAUGGGAUUCAAAGUAAAUUGUUUGUAGACAUAAAUCCAUAGUCUUCAUUUCUUUAUAUUUUCACCUUUGUAAAAAUGUUUAAAAUUUGUAUUUGUUUUGUGUGUAUCUGGGCAUUUUAUGUUUAGCUAUAGUAGAAAGAAGUAGCACUGAGGUUCUCAAAUGAAGUAUGUGAAUAUGUAUGCAUGCAAACUUCUGUUCUUUGAAAACUUAAUUAUAUUUUUAUUGUGGUA